GUGCUACUGUUGCAGAGGGCUGGGAAGAUGGAGGGAGGCAACCAGAGUGGAGUCUCCGAAUUCCUACUCCUUGGGCUUUCAGAGAAUCUUAAAGAGCAGCAGGUCCUGUUUUGGAUGUUUCUGGUCAUGUACCUCGUCACAGUGGUGGGAAACAUGCUCAUCGCCCUGGCCAUCGGCUCUCACUCCCGCCUGCACACCCCCAUGUACUUCUUCCUGGCCAACCUCUCCUUCACUGAUCUCUGCUUUGUCACCAACACAAUCCCCAAGGCACUGGUGAACCUUCAGUCUGAGAACAAAGCCAUCUCCUACGCAGGGUGUCUGACACAGCUCUACUUCCUGGUCUCCUUGGUGGCCCUGGACAACCUCAUCCUGGCUGUGAUGGCAUAUGACCGCUAUGUGGCCAUCUGCCGCCCCCUCCACUACACCACGGCCAUGAGCCCUACUCUCUGUAUUUUGCUCCUCUGCUUGUGUUGGGUAUUCUCUGUCCUCUAUGGUCUCAUACAUACCCUCCUCAUGACUACAGUGACCUUCUGUGGGUCCCCAAAGAUCCGAUAUAUUUUCUGUGAGAUGUAUGUUCUACUGAGAAUUGCAUGUUCCGACACUCAGAUCAAUCAUAUAGUACUGAUUGCCACAGGAUCUGUCAUCUUCCUCGCCCCAUUUGCGUUCAUGAUCCUGUCCUACCUUUGCAUUGUCAGAGCCAUCCUCCGAAUACCCUCAGCCACUAGCAAGUACAAAGCCUUCUCCACCUGUGCCUCCCAUUUGGCAGUGGUCUCCCUCUUCUAUGGGACACUUUGUAUGGUCUAUCUGAAACCCCUCAAAACCUACUCCCUGAAGGACUCUGUAGCCACGGUGAUGUAUGCUGUGGUGACCCCCAUGAUGAACCCUUUCAUCUACAGCCUGAGGAACAAGGACAUGCACAGGGCUCUGGGAGGACUCCUCCUAGGGAAGGCCUUCCAGAAGUUGACAUGA